ACUCUCCCUCCCCUCACUCUCUCCCCCUAGCUCUCCCUCACUCUCUCUCACUCUCCUCUUCUCUCCCUCCUCCCUCUCUCUUCUUCCCUCCUUCUUCCUUCUCCUCUUCUCUCCUUCCUCCCUCUCUUUCUUUCCCUCCUUCUUCUCCUUCCUCUCUUUUUCUCUUCCCUCUCCCUCCUCCCUCUCCUUUUCUCCCCCCUCCUCCCUUCCUCGUACAGAGAGGGCACGGGGUGGGCCUGAUCCUGGGCCUGACCUGGCCACUGUCCUUUCAGGGUCCGGUUGGCCUUGUGUGAGGCAGGUGACAACUUGGUGCUGGCCACAGGGACGAAGGUCCUCUGGUCCCCUGGCCCCCCUUUGGUGAGACGGGACCCCCAGAGUCUGCGAGAACAUGGAGCAGCCCCCAGAGAGCGAGGCCGCUGAGAUGCGGGGACGGAUUGGAGCCAGCCCGGUAGAGAAGGUCAUUGAGCCGGAGGAGGACUCAGAUGACAGGAGGAGAUACAGAGCCUGGAUGGCGGAGAAAUUUAGUUCCUUAAGGGCUGGAGACUCUUGGCCGGGAGAGCGGGAGAACUUCCUGUACGGGCCCACCACGCUGCUGUUCUCCCGCACCUGCGCCAAGGUCCGAGUGGUCAUCGGAGAAGAGGGUUCCGAGCUCCCCCCUGGCGAAGGGCCACCCUUCAGCGAGAUCCCCGGCCAGGCCGGGCAGCUGGCGGCACUGUUCCAGCCCUACGAGAGGACUGACCGGCGACCCAACACCGUGGUCCUGCAGGGGCCCAUGGGCAUCGGCAAGACCGUGCUGGCCAGGAAGCUGAUGCUGGACUGGGCCCACGGGCACCUCUGCCGGGACGUGUUCCAGUACGUCUUCUACUUCAACCUCGGCGACAUGGACGGGACGGCGGAGAAGAGCAUGGCCGAGCUGAUCUCCGGAGAGUGGCCCAGCCCGCCGGUCCCCGUCUCCGACAUCCUGUCGCAGCCCCAGAACCUGCUGUUCGUCCUGGACGGCUUGGAGGAGCUGAAGCCCUUCCUGGACGGGCCCGAAGCCGAGCUGUGUCGCGACUGGAACGAGCCCCGGCCGCUGGCCAGCCUGCUGCAGGGGCUGCUCCGGAGAACCCUGCUGCCCGAGGCCUGCCUGCUGCUGGUGGUGCGGCCCUCGGGCUGGGCCCGCCUGGCGCGCUGGCUGGGCUGCCCCCAGCUGGUCGAGGUCCUGGGGCUGUCCAAGGCCGACCGGGAGGAGUACUUCCACCGCUUCUUCGGGGACCGGGCCAGCGCGCGCGCCGCCCUGGCCACCGUGCGGGACAACGAGACGCUGGCCACCCUGUGCCGCUCGCCGCUGGUCUGCUGGCUGAUCUGCACGGGCCUGAAGCAGCGGCUGGAUGACGGGCAGGACCUGAGCCAGGGCCCCCUGACCGCCACGCGCCUCUACGUGUCCUACGUGACCGGGCUGUUCCGCGGGCGCGCCGCCCCCCAGGAGAGCCAGCUGCGGGCUCUGUGCCGCCUGGCGGCCGACGGCGUGCUGGCCCACGCCACGGGCUUCGACACCAGCGACCUGCAGCGGCACAUGCUGACCCCGGCCGACCUCGAGCCCUUCCUGAACACCCACAUCAUCCUGGGCCGCGCCGGCGGCUACGCCUUCCUCCACCUGACCCUGCAGGAGUUCUUCGCGGCCCUGUACAGCGCCAUGGAGGUGACCCGCAGCCCCUCGGCGGCGCACUCGGUGCAAGACCUGACCACCGAGCUGGAGAAGUACUCGGGCGUGGACACGAGCUUCCUGAGCCUGGCCGUGCACUUCCUCUUCGGCCUGCUGAACCCCGAGUGCGCCCGGCUGCUGGACGCCGAGCUGGGCUGCCGCCUGUCGCCCCAGCUGCGGCGGGACCUGCUGCUGUGGGCCGCCGUGUUCAGCGGCUCGGCCGCCCCCUCGCUGCGCGCCCUCUCGCUGCACCACUUCUUCUUCAGCCUCUACGAGACGCAGGACGCGGCCUUCGUGGAGGAGGCCAUGGACCACUUCCGGGACCUGCAGCUGGUGCUCUGGAGCAAGGUGGACCUGCUGGUGUCGUCCUUCUGCCUCUGCCACUGCCGCCGGCUCGAGAAGCUGGUGCUCCACCUGCAGAGGGAGGUCUUCCACGAGCAGGACCCCGACGACCCGGAGUCACCCGCGGAGGCCGAGGCUGGGCCCCAAGCUUUGGACCUCAUCGCCUCGCGCUGGAAGGCGCUGUACACCGUGCUGAGCACCAACGCCACCCUGCGGGAGAUGGAGCUGAGCUUCUCUUCCAUGAAUGACCUCUGCAUGAAGUGCCUGAGUGACCAACUGAGCCAUCCCGACUGCCGCCUGCACACCCUGAGGAUCAGGCAGACCGCCUUUGUCCCCUUUGCCUGUGGAGACUUCCCGCUGGCUCUCAUCGGGCACCAGCAUCUCAUAUGCCUUGACCUGGAUCUUCAGCUGGGGGAUGAUGGGAUGAAGCUGCUGUGUGAGGCUUUGAGACACCCCCAGUGUAACCUCCAAUAUCUGAGGUUGAAGAGCUGUGCCCUCACCAAAGCUUGCUGCCCAGACCUGGCCCUGGCCCUCACCUGCAACCAGAGCCUGAGCCACCUGAACCUGGAGGGGAAUCAGCUGCUGGACAGCGGCGUGCAGGUGCUGUGUGAGGCCCUGAACCGGCCCGAGUGCCACCUCCAGAAACUGGUGUUGGCAGGAUGCGGCCUGACCGACAGUGGCUGCCAGGAUCUCUCUGCCACCCUCACCGCCAGCCGGAAGCUCACCCACCUGUGCCUGGCCCACAACAGCCUUCGGGACGAAGGCCUAAAGAUUCUGAGCACAGCUUUGAAAUGCCCCGAUUGCCCCCUCCAAAAACUGACGUUGUGGAGCUGCGGGCUCACCGCCGCGGGGUGCCAGGAUCUCGCCACGGUGCUCCUCAACAACAAGAACCUGACUCACCUGGACCUGGGGGAGAACGACCUCGGGGAUGACGGCAUGAAGCUGCUGUGCGCCGCCUUGGCGCAGCCGCAGUGCAGCCUUCAAGCCUUGGACGUCUUGGUCUGCUUCCUCACCGAGGCCUGUUGUCAGGACCUCGCGGACGCCCUCAUCCUCAACCGGAACCUGCACAGCCUGAACCUGGGUCACAACGCUCUCAAAGAUGAGGGGGUCAAGCUGCUCUGCAAGGCCCUGAGACACCCCGACUGUCAGCUCCAGAGGCUCGGGCUGGAGAGGUGCCAGAUCAACACCGCCGGCUGCCAGGACCUCUCCUCGGUCAUCCUCUGCAAUUCGAGGCUGAAGAGUCUGAACCUGGCCCAGAACGCCUUGUGGGACGAAGGGGUGAGGCUGCUGUGCGAGGCCCUGGAGCGGCCUGAAUGCGGACUGCAGCUCCUGGCGCUGUGGAAGGAGGCGUUCAGCGAGGACGCGCAGCGGAUGCUGAAGGCGGCCGAGGAGAACCGGCCACAGCUGGUCAUCACUGGCGACUGGUACAGUCACGAGCCCGAGGAGUUCGGCUUUUCCUGGUGGCUGGAGACCUGACCCGCUCCCCUUCCCUGCCCCCGCCCCCAUUCUCAGUCUGUCCCAGGGGCCCAUGGGAGCAGCGGGUCCCCGGCGCGGCACGCGUGCCCUACAAGACCCCCUUCAGCCCUCGGCGGUCACGCGGUGUCCACACCCUUCUUCCCUUGGACAUCUUCGAGGGUGAAUCAAAUACAGACUGAUUGUUUUUCUCUGCA